AUGAACCUUAUCAAGUGCAUAUUCUUCUUACUGCUAGGGUUUGUUCUUUGCGUGAACACUGGUGUUUCCGGCGAAUCGCCGACCUGCUUAACGGUGUACAGAGAAGGCGGCGCACCGGCGGUGUUCCAAUCCCCUAAAUGCCCUCGCUGGAAGCUUUCAAAUUACAACUCCGACCCCAAACAGCAGUCCCAAUCACCGACUGCCAAUUGUCAAUUGGCGAUGCACCAAGGGCGCCGUAAGUCUCAGGAGGAUCGCGUCCUAUGCGCUCUCGACAUCCGUAUUCCUUUUCCCGGUGCUGAUGGUAUUAAGGAGGUGACAGUUGGAAUUAUGGCGGUUUUUGAUGGGCAUAAUGGAGCGGAAGCUAGUGAAGCGGCUUCGAAAUUAUUGUUAGAGUAUUUUAGUUUGCAUACUUAUUUCUUGCUCGAUACAACAUAUUCCUUUUUAUCAAGGAAAUGGAUGGGAAAGCUGCCAAAUACAGGAGACGAGGGUCUUGUUUUUCAAAAGCCAAAGCUGGACGAGGAGCUAGAUCUUGGAAGGUUCAAAGUGACAUUAUCGGAAAUUUUAGAUGGACUUUUUCCCUUUGAAAUAUUGAGAGAAGCAUUGCUUAGGGCAAUCCAUGAUAUUGAUGCAGCAUUUUCUAAGGAUGCAUCUACAAAGAAUGUCAAUUCAGGCACCACAGCUACAGUAAUACUUGUGGCAGAUAGUCAAAUUCUAGUUGCUAAUAUUGGAGACUCGAAAGCUUUUUUGUGCUCUGAAGUAUAUCAGUCUCCUUCUGAGGCUAAAGCAACUUUAUUACGGAUUUUCAGACAGAGAAGAAACGAUGGUGCUCCUUCACCCAUGAAAGAGUACCGUAGCUUAAAAUCAGCUGCCUCCAAUGGGUGGAUUGUUUUGAUGGCUAAGGAACUGACAAGAGAUCACCAUCCAGACAGAGAUGAUGAAAGAUCUCGAGUUGAAUCUUUUGGAGGACACAUCUCUAACUGGGGUGGUGUCGCUCGAGUUAAUGGACAGUUGGCUGUUUCCAGAGCAAUCGGCGAUAUUCAUUUUAAAAGUUAUGGCGUAAUAUCUGUACCUGAGGUGACAGAUUGGCAACCUUUGUCAGUCAACGAAAGCUAUUUGAUUGCUGCAUCCGAUGGUGUUUUUGACAAGCUAAGCCCACAGGACAUUUGUGAUAUUUUGUCGGAACCACAUUCUGAUAUCACUGUGACAUCAGAAUCCUCUUCUUCUUGCUCAUACUCAUUAGCUGAUUGCAUAGUAAAUACUGCGUUUGAGAAAGGAAGUAUGGAUAACUUGGCGGCUACAAUUCUUCCUUUGAGAUCACUGGUUCCAUUUCAAACUCUGUUGAAGGACAGAAGUGAUAGAGAGGAUAAAUUUGAUUACUCGCCUCUCGGAUAUCAGAGACAGAAAGAUGACAAUUUAGGUAAUGACAACACUUCGGCACUCAUUGGAUUGGAGCACUCUCAUCCGGUCAUUGCCGAGUUUGACAGAUUGUUGGUUGAAGGAAAACACAGCGACUUUGGAUGUUAUUAUCUAUCCGAGAACCUAGAUGUGAAUGACGAUUACACAUUUUGGGUUCAAAAAGAUGACCAAGAAUCUAUAUACGACCUACCUCACGCUUUACCUGGUGGUGAUUUCUUUUGUGAUGAUGGGCCUUUGAAUUUAUAUAACGAUCAACUUAUGCAUGUGCAUUAUGGAAUAUCUGCUGAUGGGGAUAAGGAUCAAUGCAUAAACUCCGAAAAUUUUGCAAGAUUUCUCGGUUUUCUGGAAUCAAUUCCUUUCCAUCAUACUGGUCUAAAUGAUCAUGGAACACCAGACUCAAGGUACAUACUAAAGAAGCGAUUUGACCGUGGAUCAUAUGGAGAAGUUUGGCUUGCUUUUCAUUGGAAUUGUUCUCAUCUUGACAAGGCUUCAGAAAGAAGGCACAAGGAAAAAAAUCUUCCACCCAAAACUAUACAUCUGGGGGCAUAUGAUGAAAAUCUCCACAGAAGUUCAUUUUCUGAUGAUUGCAAUGCUAGUCUAUCCAAUAAUAUGUACAUUCUGAAACGUAUAAUGGUGGAGAGGGGAGUUGCUGUAUACCUGAGUGGGCUAAGGGAGAAGUAUUUUGGCGAAAUUUUCUUAAAUGCUUCUACUUCUAUAAGUGGUUCUCUAUCGGUACAAGUGUCAGAUUUUUCCUGGAAAAAAAGGCAAUCAGAAGUAUAUGGCUUCAUGCAAACAAAUAAAUCAGUCGAGGAAGAAACUGAGGACCCUUUGAGUGUUGAGGAUAUGCUUUUUAAGAAAAGAAGGAAGAUUGGAGCUGCUUUUGAAGAAGGGCUGAAUCAUAUUGCGAGAUAUAUUGAAUCGUUUGAGUCACGAUCUAAUGAAAUAUGGCUUGUCUUUUGUCAUGAAGGCGUGUCAUUGUCAAAACUUCUUUAUACAGCUGAAGAAGUGGUUCUUGAUGCUGACAAGGAAAGGGAUGAACACAAGAAGCGUGUGCAGUUACUGCAUCCUUCAAAAUGGUGGCAUUGGUUGAAGACAACAGAAGCAGGGCAAGAGGAAAUGCGUAACAUUAUAUGGCAAUUGCUGAUGGCACUCAAGUCCUGCCAUGAUCGGAAUAUCACUCAUAGAGAUAUCAAACCUGAAAACAUGAUCAUCUGCUUUGAAGAUGAAGAAUCAGGGAGAUGCUUGAGAGAAAGCCCAAUUGGAGAUAAGAAUUACACUACUAAAAUGCGCAUUAUAGACUUUGGCAGUGCAAUGGAUGAGUUCACAUUGAAGCACUUAUACGGCUCCGUUGGACCUUCUCGAGCUGAACAAACAUCCGAGUAUGCUCCUCCAGAAGCCUUUCUGAAUGUUAGUUGGUAUCGGGCACCAUCGAGCAUAACUACCAAGUAUGAUAUGUGGAGUGUUGGUGUUGUGAUCCUGGAGUUGAUCUUAGGAUCGCCUAAUGCAUUUCAAAUAAAUGCUAAAACAAGAGCUCUUCUAGAUCAUCACCUUGAGGGUUGGAACGAAAGAUUGAAGGAGCUAGCUUACAAACUCAGAGCUUUUAUGGAAAUGUGCAUUUUGAUUCCUGGGAGUUCCUCAAAGCUUCACCAAAAUCGGGGCUCAAAUGGCCAUGGUUCCAUUUCACCAGUUCCCUGGAAGUGCUCUGAAGAAUUCUUUUCUUAUUACAUAAAGAGUAGAGAUCCUCUUAAAAUUGGGUUUCCAAAUGUAUGGGCUUUGCGGUUAGCACGCGACUUGUUACGUUGGAAUCCAGAGGACCGUCUUACAGUUGAUGAUGCAUUACGACAUCCGUACUUUUCAUCACCUUCUGGAAAAUGA